GGAUAGUUGUAAUUUACCGCACCAAACCGCACAAUAAAUUAGGCGAUUGCUAUGAUUGCAAGGAUUAUCAAACCCACACUUUAGUCGUCACAAACCCUAACAUUCUUCCAAGUUUCUUCGAGAGAGUUCCGAGCUCCUGAAGCAGCCGGCGAUGUCGCACUUCGGCAGAUCUGGCCCGCCGGAUAUUACAGAUACAUUCUCCCUCCUCGUUCUCAACAUAACUUUCCGUACCACCGCCGAUGAUUUGUAUCCCCUCUUCGAUAGGCAUGGGAAAGUGGUGGACGUCUUCAUCCCAAGAGACCGAAGGACAGGGGACUCGAGGGGUUUUGCUUUUGUUAGGUACAAAUACCAGGAUGAAGCCCAAAAGGCCGUAGAGAAACUUGAUGGGAAACUUGUUGAUGGAAGAGAAAUAAUGGUCCAGUUUGCAAAGUAUGGACCCAAUGCUGAAAGGAUUCACAAGGGAAGAAUUGAAGAGCCUGUAUUCAAGACACGAGGACGGUCACGAAGCUUCAGUCCCAAGCCAAGGUACAAAGAUCACUACAGCAGUGGGCGGGAUUAUAGGAGGAGAAGCAGGAGUCGAAGUAGAGGAAGAUAUGAGCGUGAUCGAUACCGUGGUAGGGAAAGAGACUACCAUUACAGAAGCAGAAGCCGGAGCGCUAGUCCUGAUAAUCGCAAAUAUCGUGGUAGUAGAGGAAGAUAUGAUGAUGAGAGGCGCAGUAUGACUCCUUCUGACAGAAGUGCAUCUCCGAUUAGGCGUAGCCUAAGUCCAAGGAGGAGUCCAUCUCCCAGGAUCUCUCCCAAGGAAAGAAGCCCAAUUGCAGCGAAUCACAAUGAACGUUCUCUCACUCCAAAAAGUGUGUCACCCCGUGGACGUCGGGCUGAUUCUCGUAGUCCAUCUCCUCGUUAUGAUGCUGAUGAAUGAGAAAAUGGAAGUCUAGUUGAUGGUUCUCCCCACACAGAUGUUGGUUCUGCCUCAGUCUCCUUAUUGUAGAAGUGGAUGCUCUCUCAUACCAUCAUCACCACCAUUUAGUGCUUUCUAGAAUUUGUUUGCCGAACUUUAUUUUGGAAGGUUUUAACCCUAUUAUUGUACUUGAUGCGUUUCAAUACUCUGUCCUUACAAAACAUGCGUACUUAUCCGUGGAAUGGGGACUAGUUUUGUCUGCCUUUAAUGUAGAGUUGUGGCUACAUCGUUACUACUUCUUGCCUGCGUGUGUUUGGGAGGGGGAUAUAUGAGUUCUCAAUAGUCAUUAACAACUAUCUGCUGGUCUUAAAUAGUUAUGUGCGGAGGUGUUGAUGUGGCUGACUGGCAAGAUGAAGUAGCAGUAGCAUGUUGGUGCUGUUUUUAAUUUGCUGUUGGUUAGCAUGUUUUUUGUUGCUGGCAAACUCCCACUAAUCAACUUUACUCACUUGCCAGGGAUGGUAAGGAUUUGCAACUUACUGACUUCAAAUAGGGAUUAAUUCCUUUUAAUCGCAAAUGAAAUUAAAUCUUAGCUGUGAUUUUGCUUCCUUAAGUGGUAGGAUGAGGGGUGUAGUGUUCAACACUUGAUUUUAUGUUAUAAAUAAGUGCAGUGGGACCCAAAGAUAAUUCUAAUGGUAGUUGUACUAUGUUACAGCAUGAGUUCGCGGCUGUAGCUGUGAUGUGAUAGUAGCUGAUGUAUCUUGUAGAUUGAUUGUUGGUUGCUGAAUGCUGUUUACCCUCCCUUGCUGCCUACUAGCUAUAUGCAGCAAUCUGAUGCUCCACUUUUUUUUGCUGUUGAUGAUAUGGUUUGGUUGAUAUGGGGUUGAUUGUUGCUGAAAAGCUUUGCUGCCCAAUCCUGUGGAUUCUUCACCAUGUUUUGCAGGCCUUAGUUUUUAUUUAACGUUUCAUGGGUGUACUUUGCCUGCCUAUCUGAAAAAUCUUGAUAUGAAGAUAAGACAUUAGUUGGUGACAUCCUUUGUUUCCCAUCUUCUAUGCGAGAUGGAAAUCCAGAUAGAUGUGCCGUACAUAGGGAUAUGACUUAAAACUGUUCAAUUUUUAUUCAUACCUAAAAUUGCAAUCGUUACCGAAGUUCCUAAGAUUAGUUGACAAUUUAUUUGCUGGUAGAUCUUAAUUUUCAUUGUCAUCUUGCUCAAUGCUCAUAGGAGACCGGUGAAAUAUCGGUAAAUGUCCUAGUCUUGAAUGUGCAUAUACACGUACAUAAACAUGUGUGCAUAUACACGUACAUAAACAUAUGUGUAUAGGGUUAGCUCUAAUAAGAAGACAUCUUAGCAUUAAUGAGAGGAAUGAGAAGUCUGCA